AUGUUCGACGAUGACGACGACGACGACGACGACGAGUUCUCCUCCAGUGCGCCUAAACCAGACGCCAGUGAACACCCAAUACAUCAACCACAGUCAGCACCCAAACCAAAGUUCGCUGAGCCAGAAACGCUGAAGCAAUACUACUCGCGUCUAUGUCCUUUUCGAUCCUUGUUUCAAUGGCUCAACCACUCCGCAACACCCCAACCGGACUUCCAAAAUCGAGAGUUUUCGUUCUGGUUGCCAGAGAACAGAGUCAUUCGAUACUUGUCAUUUCCAUCUGCAGACCUCCUGCGCAAACAAUGCGUGCAAAUGGCGCCAGAGCGAUUCGAAAUCGGACCGCAGUACAACAUAAACCCGAAAGACCGCAAGUCACUCAAAAGCGCUUCCAAAUUCAAGCCUGUGAUGAAAGAGCUGGUUUUCGAUAUCGAUAUGACAGAUUACGAUCCCAUUCGUACGUGUUGCUCGGGCACAAAGAUCUGCAAGAAGUGCUGGAGGUUCAUCGUCAUGGCCAUCAAGGUCAUCGACACCGCGCUGCGAGAAGAUUUCGGCUUCCAGCAUAUCAUGUGGGUCUACUCCGGCCGAAGAGGUGCACACGCAUGGAUCAGUGACAAGCGCGCUCGGGAGAUGAAUGAUAGCAAACGCAAGGCUGUUGCCAACUACUUGGAAGUAUUGAAAGGCAAUGAGAACUCGAAAAGAAUGCUACGACGACGUCCCUUGCAUCCGCACAUCGAAAGAAGUCUCAAUAUUUUGACGCCGUAUUUCAAGGAAGACAUACUCGCGGAGCAGGAUCCGUGGCAGGAAGACGAACGCAUCGAGAAGCUUUUGAGUCUAAUCCCAGACGAAAAGCUUACCUCUGCAUUGAAGAAGAAAUGGGACUCUGCGAGCAAUCGUACUUCGACUCAGAAGUGGUCAGACAUAGACGCGCUGGCCGAGGCUGGCAGUCUGAGCACAUUAUCCACAAAGCAGCUGGUGGAGGCAAAACAAGACGUCAGACUGGAGUACACCUACCCCCGUCUGGAUGCUGAGGUCUCCAAGAAGCUCAACCAUCUGCUCAAGUCACCAUUCGUCAUUCAUCCGGGCACAGGUCGCGUCUGUGUGCCCAUAGAUAUGAGGCGGUUGGAGGAGUUCGACCCGUUCAAGGUGCCUCUGGUGACGGAUCUCCUAGAUGAGAUUGACCAGUGGGACAAGAACCAGGGCUCAAGCCUGAGCGAGGAGCAAAAGGCAAAAGUCCAAGACUGGCAAAAGACCAGCCUGAAGCCCUAUGUGGAGUAUUUCAGAGGGCAUGUUGCGAAUCUGUUGAAGGAAGAGAGUCGAGGAAAGCGUGAACGCGAAGACGAUAGCAUGGAUUUCUGA